CUUCCGGUUAUUUUUCGACGGUGACACUUCAUCAAUUUUUAUUUUCGAAACUGAAGCAUAUUGCAAAAGCUAUGUCUUCUAGCUCGGGCAAACGACCUGAUGGAACGGAUGGCAGUGAUCAUUGGCAUCGUGAAAGUGUAGCAUGGCAGUACAAAAUUAGCUCCAUCAAUAAAGGAAGACUGAAAACUACACUGAAUUUGCAGAUUGUAUUUGGAUUGUUAGUCAUUGUUCGACUUUUGCCUGGACUCACAGCACUUGUUGGAUUGCCAAUCUACAAAAAGCUUCAACACUGGGAUAUUCCUGCUCCAAAAGCCUGGGAGUAUGCCUGGAUAGUCAGUCUUGUUGCAGCUGUUUUUGGCCUAAAGUCGUUGCCUAAGAACGAUGCACUGGUUUUAAAACAAUUCCUUAUUGGUACAGCUGUGUUUGGAAUAUUGCCUGUCAUCUAUGGAUUAAUAGAAUUGUUUGAUGACUUGAUGCUUUAUUACAAAGACAAGAAAUCUUCAUCACAAAUUCUAGGAUAUCCAGCAGUGCUUGUGUGGUACAUGUGCUUGGUAGUUUGUUUGCAAAUGCACGCCUUUGGAAUCUAUUUUGGGGCAAAUUUAUUAAAAGCAUGGAAGCCAAAAGACAAGAAGAUAAAAUAAACUAACAAUGCAGAGCAAAUAUGGUUCAAUAAAAAAAACUAACUUCCAGACUACACAAAUGAUGAUUUUGCCAUUCUUGUCUUUUCCGAACAGUCUCGUCUCUUACUUUUUGGUUAUUCUGAUAGAAUGGCUUUUCCAAGUAAUUUGUGUGAAAUGCAAUAAUGUUUUUUAUAAAUUAAUAUCUGUGUAUUUAAAAAUAGUUAAAAUGAACAUUUUUGCUUACUUUCCAUAAAAUUAUAUGUUUCUAAUAUUGUUAAUAUAGUGCAAUAAUGUUUAUGCUCAGAUAUUAAGAUUCAUCAUAUUAUUUAAUAGGGGUAAAAAACACACAAGUUACAUAUGAAUGAUAUAUACUAAAUACCUACAUUCAAUAGUGCGUUUCAUUUUUUCACUACUUUAAGGUUAAGAAGCCUUUUAAUUAGUAAUUUAUAUAAUUGUUUACCUUAUUCUUUUUGGUUCUAUUUUUAAGCAAAUUACUAUUUUUGGAAAUCUGAAGAUGCUGAUGUAAUAAUAAUUAUGACGAUUAUUGGCCUAUGGUGUUACUAGUUUAAGUGGGAAAUUAGGUAAAUUCAACUCAACACCUUUUAUAGCUUAAAAUGUAUUAAAACUUGUGUAUAGCAAAUAUAGCAUAUGCAAAGACAUGAAUUGAUGCAGUUAAAAAAUGUUAAAGAAGAGAAAAAAACAAUAUUAUAACUGAGAAAGGGAAAAAUAAUAACUAAUAUCUUAUUCAGAUAUUUUUUAUCAGGUUCUUAAUUCACAGUCAUAUUUUUGCUUUACAAAUAUAGCUGGUUAGGUCAGGACAAACAAAAAGGAAUAUGUCACAGAGUGGUGCAAAAUUUAUUUUGUGGACUACGGUAUAUAAAAUGCCUAAUAAGAAGAUGCCUUAUUCCAUAUCAGUUUAUUUCCUGAUCACUUAUUCUAUGUAUUCCUUUCAUUUAAAAGUAGAAUAGUACAUAUUAAUGUAUGCAAUAUGAAAAUCAUUUUCUAUAUAUAACGAUAUUAUGAUUUUUUGUUGUAUUGUACUAUUACCAUGUGCCAUUUUAUUCCAAAUUUGUAUGUUCCCAUUGUUAUUUGUGAAAGAUUGAAUUUAUGCUCUGGUAUUUGUGUAUCCGAUGUAUAUCCGGAGGAUUUAUGGUGUAUAGAAAGACUAUGUGAAUACGUUUGAGAAUGAGAGUGUAACAUAUUUAUAAUACCUAAUGAAAUGAAUCAUGUAUUUUUUUAAGCUCUCUGUCAUUCAAGGGUUUUGUUCCAGUUCCUUGUUAAUUAUUUCAUAAUGAGUAUUGUAUUGCUUGCAGUCUCUCAUACCUUCAUGUAAGUGAAUAUUACAGUUUCUCAUACCUAUAUGUGAGUGAAUAUUACAUUUCCUAUGCAUGAUUAUAAUUGUAGACAUCAUAUGUUUUUUUGCCAAUGGAUUGUUAUACUUUUUUGUAUGGCUUAAAUGCGACUUUAAAGGAUUUUUUUUCCAUGUAAGACUAUGUUAAGUGUUCAACAUAUCGCCUAACUGUGAUUUCAACUUGUUCAUUUGAGAAAUCAAUUUUAGUUGUAUCUGAGUCCGUACUUACUAACAUAUUGAGUCUGAGUUUAAGACUCAUAUGCAGAAAAGUGAAUUCUUAAAUGGUUAAGAAUAUCUUUUGUAUACUUAUUUUUGCUAAUAAUUUUCUUUUCAAAAUACAUGCCUAAAAGUAGACCAUAUUAUUUGUAACAGAUGCAGCAUUGUUUUCCAUUUUUGCUCCUAAAAUCGUACUCUACAACAUAACUUAAACUUUGCUUUUCUAAGUUUGCGUCUUAAACUUAGACUCAAAAUUUCAGUGAAAAUGGACCCAGACCUUAAAGUUCCUGCAUUUAUAAAACUUGUGUUCUCAAUUAAGUUAUACGAUCAGAGUGCUUUUGAAAUUAUAUUUCUAGUCUGUUUGUUGUAAAUCUUAAUGCCCUUCAACUGAAAUAAUUGCUAUCAGUUAAGUUUAGCUUCAAAUAAUUUCUACACACAUGUCUUUCUAGAGAAUUGUUAAAUACAUGUAUUGCUGUUUGUAUAGGAUUGUAUAGGAGAAAAUCUUAAAUUGUUUUACUUCUAUCCAUAAAGUGUUCCCAACUUUCACAGCAAGCAGCCGAGUGACCGUUUUAUUCCCGUGUUGUUAAUAAUUGACCAUGAUUUAAAUAAAGUCAAAUUGCCUUGA